AUGGCGACUCAAUCAUUCGCCGCGCCGCUGGAGAACACGCGCAAUGUAACCAUUGUCGCGCACGUUGACCACGGCAAGACGUCGUUUGCCGACUCGCUGCUGAGUUCCAACAACAUCAUCUCGUCGCGUAUGGCCGGCAAGCUCCGUUUCCUCGACUCGCGCGAGGACGAGCAGGAGCGCGGUAUCACCAUGGAGAGCAGUGCAGUGUCACUCCGCUUUGACAUGAUGCGCAUGACCCCCGAGGGUCCCAAGCCCGCCAAGCAUAUCUGCAACGUCAUCGACACGCCGGGGCACGUCGACUUUGCGAGCGAGGUGUCGUCUGCGAGCCGACUGUGUGACGGUGCGCUCGUGCUUGUUGACGUGUGGGAGGGUGUGUGUACUCAGACCAUUGCUGUUCUGAGGCAAGCAUGGAUCGACAAGCUCCGCCCGCUACUUGUCAUCAACAAGAUGGACCGCCUCAUUACCGAGCUGCAGCUCUCGCCCUCAGAAGCAUACCACCACAUUGCCCGCUUGAUCGAGCAAGUCAACGCCGUCAUGGGCUCGUUUUACGCCUCGGAGCGUAUGGAGGACGACCUGCGUUGGCGCGAGGCGCGCGAAAAGCGCCUGGCGGAGCGUGCCGAGCGUGAGGCGGCCGGAGAGGCCCCCGACGCUGCCGACGACGACGCAGACCACGAGUACGAGGAGCGCGAAGACGAGGACAUUUACUUUUCGCCCGAGCGCGGUAACGUGCUGUUUGCCAGUGCCAUUGAUGGCUGGGCGUUCCGUCUGGGCAAGUUUGCCAGGCUCUAUGCGGACAAGCUCAAGAUCAAGGAGGGUAACCUCCGCCGAGUGCUCUGGGGGGACUGGUUCUUGGACCCCAAGACGAAGCGUGUCGUUGGCCGCAAGGCACUCAACGGACGCCCUCUCAAGCCCCUGUUCGUCCAGUUUGUGCUCGAGAACAUUUGGAGGGUCUACAACACUGUGCUCAACGAGUACAACCCUGAUGCCGUGGUCAAGAUUGUGUCGGCCCUCAACAUCCGUGUCGCCCCGCGUGACCUCAAGAGCAAGGACACCCACAACCUGCUCACCAUUAUCAUGCAGCAGUGGCUGCCCCUGUCCACAGCGACCUUCCAGGCCGUUGUUGACGUGAUCCCCCCACCGUCGGUCGCGCAGGCUGUCCGUCUUCCGUUCAUGCUGCACCCCGAGCAGGCCGCUGCGUCCACUACCGCUCUCGAGCCCGUCAACGACCUCGAGCGCGCUCUGUACAAGUGUGACCAGAGCGCCGACGUCCCGCUCGUCGCGUUCGUUUCCAAGAUGUUUGCCGUCUCCCGCGCCGACCUCCCCGAGUUCAAGCCGCGCGAGAUGACUGCCGAGGAGAUGCGCCAGCGAGGCCGUGAGGAGCGCGAGCGCCGCGCCGCCGCCGCCGCGGCCCGCGCUGCUGGUGGCGAGGACACCGACUCGCUCACCAAGCACAUUGAUUUGCUCACCCUCGAGACGACUAUUGAGCCCGGAGCGCCGCCUCCCCCGCCUGACAACAGCGAGGUGCUCCUUGGCUUCUCCCGAGUGUUCAGCAGUGCCCUCAAGCGUGGCGACAAGAUCCGCGCCACUCUGCCCAAGUACGAUGCCGAGCUGGGUCCCAGCCAUCCCCGCAACGCCAAGCACAUCAAGGACGCGGUCGCUACCGACCUGUACAUGAUGAUGGGCCGUGACCUUGUGGCUGUCGAGGAGGUGCCUGCCGGUCACGUCUGCGCUAUCGGUGGCUUUGACGGCAUUGUUCCCCGCACUGCGACCCUGUGUGGUGGCAACGACGACCAGCUCGUCAACCUUGCCGGCGUCAACAUGCACGCUGCUCCCAUUGUGCGCGUUGCUCUUGAGCCUGAGAACCCUUCCGACAUGCCCAAGCUUGUCGAGGGCCUCCAGAUCCUUAACCAGGCCGACCCAUGUGCCGAGUACAUUGUCCAGGAGACCGGCGAGCACGUCAUCCUCACCGCUGGUGAGCUGCACCUCGAGCGCUGCCUCAAGGACCUGCGCGAGCGUUUCGCCAAGUGCGGUAUCCAGGCGUCCGAAGCCAUCGUGCCCUUCCGCGAGACGGCCGUCAAGGCCCCCGACAUGGCCCCCGUCAAGACCCAGGGUGCCGCCCGUGGCACCAUCCACGGCAGCGUGUACGACGGCCUUGUCGAGUUUACGCUGCGCGCCGCGCCCCUGCCUCCUGCCGUCAUCGAGUUCCUUGUCGCCCACCAGAGCACAAUCGGUAGCUUCUUGGUCCAGCGCCGCCGUGGAGCCGAGGACGCCGAAGACGACGAGGACCGCGCCGACGCCGACGAGGCUGCCGACAGCGCGACCCGCCACCUGACACCGGAGCAGUUCUGGGCCGAGCUCGCCACGCGCUUUGACGAGGCAGGCGGCGAGUGGGUGGGCGCCGCAGACCGCGUGUGGUCGUUUGGUCCCAAAAAGGUCGGUGCCAACGUCCUCCUCGACCCUAUGGGCAAGGGCGCGCUGCGCCUGCGCGGCCGCGAGGCCGUGUUCGCCGAGGCGCGCCGUGAGGGCCAGACGGCCGAGCAAGCGCUCGCCAUUGCGGACGCGGCUGCCAAGGCCGCGGCGGAGGGUGUCGAGGCCGUUGCCGCCGAGGAGAACGCGCAAGACGCCGACGCCGAUGCGCGCGCACAGGCCCGUCUCCUCCGUGACUUUGACAACUCGAUCGAGGCCGGUUUCCAGCGUGCGACGUUCCAAGGCCCGCUGUGCUCCGAGCCCGUGGUCGGCAUGGCUUGGGUUGUGGAGAGUGUUGAAUUCAAGCCCGACGAGGCUGAGCAGGCUCGUGGUCGCGCAUCGGCCGUUGUCGGCGCGCUCAUCUCGAGUGUGCGUGAUGCCGCUCGCCAGGGUUUGCUCGACUGGAGCCCGCGUAUCAAGCUGGCCAUGUACACCUGUGACAUCCAGGCGUCAACCCCCCCCCCCCCCCCCCCGUCCCAUUGCUGA